AGUGGUUCGAAGUGGUUCCCCCAAAAACGUUGGAUUGCGCUGUGCGGCCCCAAGUGUGGAUCUCCUCCUGGUGGGGGCAGAAAAAAAAAAUAAGAAGAGGAAGAAGAAGUGGAAGCAAAAGAGUCCUAGAUCCUAGGGCUGUGUGCUACAAAGGAAGAUGGGUGCGAAUUGAGAGCCAUCCAAGUCCAACGAAAUCUGCUAAGAAUAAUCUAAAGCAUUGAAAAGUGAUACAAAAGAGUGAAAAGAAAAAAAAAGUCCCAUUCGAAAAUCGUAGCAAGAAAAAUCGGUGCGAAAAAUCCGGAUGGAAAAGUGAGAAAUUUUCAUUUCUGAAUAAAAUGAACCACUUGAGGCUGAGCUGAGCUCUGGAAAAACGCCAAAGAAGCAGCGAAAGUGAAGGAGUGAAGGAUUUUGCACACCUCCGAGGGAGGGAAAAGGCUGAAGCGAAAUACGACGAAAAGUGCAAUAAGAUAGGGAGAGCCAACCCAACGAAAAAAAAAGCAGCCAGAGAGGAAAAUCGGGAAAAAUUACCUCCAGAAUCAAGCGUAACAUCUUCAGAAUGGCCCCAGGCCAUUACUUCUGGGCAAUAUUCUACUUUGCCUGUCUGUGCAGUGCGUCACUAGCCAACAAUGCCAAGGUGAACUUCCGCGAGAAGGAGAAGAAAAUCCUCGAUCAGAUCCUGGGCGCUGGUAAAUAUGACGCUCGAAUCCGUCCAUCGGGCAUCAACGGCACAGAUGAUAAGGCUACAGUAGUGAGCGUCAACAUGUUCCUUAGAUCGAUCUCGAAAAUCGACGAUUACAAAAUGGAAUACAGUGUACAGCUAACAUUCCGAGAGCAGUGGCUGGACGAGAGGCUCAAAUUCGACGACAUCGGAGGACGCCUCAAGUACCUGACACUGACCGAGGCCAACCGAGUCUGGAUGCCGGAUUUGUUCUUCUCGAACGAGAAGGAAGGCCACUUCCAUAACAUCAUCAUGCCGAACGUGUACAUCCGAAUCUUCCCGUACGGCUCGGUGCUGUACAGUAUACGAAUCUCGCUGACAUUGGCCUGCCCGAUGAACCUCAAGCUGUACCCGCUGGAUAGGCAGGUCUGCUCGCUGCGGAUGGCCAGCUACGGCUGGACAACCGCUGACUUGGUGUUCCUGUGGAAGGAAGGCGAUCCGGUGCAAGUGGUGAAGAACUUACACCUACCACGCUUUACAUUGGAGAAGUUCUUAACAGAUUACUGUAACAGUAAAACCAACACCGGUGAAUACAGUUGUCUCAAAGUGGAUCUUCUCUUCAAGCGAGAGUUCUCGUACUACCUGAUCCAGAUCUACAUUCCCUGCUGCAUGUUGGUCAUCGUGUCCUGGGUGUCCUUCUGGCUCGAUCAAGGUGCCGUACCGGCGCGCGUUUCACUCGGCGUCACCACACUGCUCACCAUGGCAACGCAGACAUCCGGCAUCAACGCAUCGCUUCCGCCCGUGUCCUACACCAAGGCCAUCGACGUGUGGACCGGCGUCUGCCUGACGUUCGUCUUCGGUGCCCUGCUGGAGUUUGCUCUGGUAAACUACGCAUCCCGUUCAGCGGACAGGGCUGCGGACAUUCAACGGGAGAACAUGAAGAAGAAGCGACGUGAAAUGGAACAGGUCAGCCUAGAUGCGGCGUCUGAUCUACUGGACACCGAUAGCAACGCCACCUUCGCAAUGAAACCCCUGGUACGUCACCCGGGUGAUCCCAUGGCCAUGGAUAAGCUACGGCAGUGCGAGGUGCACAUGCAACCCCCCAAGAGGCCCAACUGCUGCAGAACAUGGUGGUCCAGGUUCCCAACAAGCCCACUUAAGAAGGUCCCAUGCUUCGGAAGGGGACAAUGCUCCCGCUCGAAGCGCAUCGACGUUAUCUCGCGGAUAACGUUCCCUCUGGUGUUCGCCCUGUUCAAUCUGGUCUACUGGAGCACCUAUCUCUUCCGCGAAGAGGAGGAAGAGUAGAUCGUUGCAGACGGCAAACGAUCGAGCCGCCGCCGGAACAUCACACACCAGCAUCACAGCAUUACUUCUAUAUGGUUAUUGAGAAUUACAAUAUUAUGAAUAUAAAUAGUGAUAGCGGAUAGGAGCUGCGGGAGACCGUUCUGUAGGAAAUGGGAAGCAUCAGAUUAACUCGACGGCAAACGGUCGGUAGCCAGAUAAAUAGUUUAUAUACGGAAAUAAGUAAACAAAACAGUUUUUAAAAUUCAUACCAACCUACAUACCGAACAGAUCAGAAGCAAAACCGUUGUAGAAACCACAUCCACACGUGAAAAAAUACUGCUCAAACAGGAACCUCCAAUGAAUCCAAGCAACCAAGGCACACGAACAAAAGUUUUAAACCACAGUCCUCCAGGCACACUUUGUCGAUCUCACCAUCAAAAGUCAAAUUUUAUCACCAUUCUCUCACCCCUGCAUCAUCGCUGGCAGCCGUGUAAUCAAAAUCAAACAAAAGUCACAAGAGAGCCUAAUAGACAUAUACACACAUAAUCUUAAAGGGACAAAACGAUACCAGGAUGAAUGUCUAUAUGCAAGUACGUAGAUGAAAACCAAGAGGAAAAACUGUAUGACGUACGGACCCUUCCAAGCCUCUUCCAGUAGGCUCUGUUUUUGAUGUUGUUUAGACUUGAGCUGUUUCUCUGGACAAUCCUAUCAGCUGUAUCACGAAUUUCAACUGUGCUCAACUGUUGUCCGCCGCGGUAGAAGUUCAGCGCGCGUGGACCGGUAAGCCGGUCCACGUGGAACGGGUUUCUACUUUUAGGUCGAAGACGUCUUUUGUUUUAAGUUGCUAUCUACACACGCUUAGAUAAGCUCUCUGUCUGAUUAAUGCAGUAAAGCAAAAAUCGUGUUUUUAAUCUGUAAGAAGGAAUCGUUUUCCGGAGCAUUGUUAAAUGUAGUCAAUCUGUCAAUCUAUAGGUAAAAAACUGUGACGCAAAUUUUAAACCACAAACACACCUACUACUGCUGACACUGUUAUUGGGUAAAACAUUUCACUGUCAUACUACUAACCGCUGAACGGGACUGUAAGUUUUUCUCAAUGUGAAAUCACAAACGGAAGAAAAAUCAAAUCUUAAUCUAGCAGGCGGUGAAACUAAUAGCACUCAAACGAGCCCAAGCCCACUUUGAUGCAUUGCAUUAGAUAUAAACCAAAUCAAAUUUAACACACACACAAGAAAAACAAAAACAUACAGGGUUAUCAAUUGAGUUGAUCAUACAUACUAUGGAAAUACACAGUUUAUAUGACACGGCAAAUAUUCACAAGACAAUUGACAAAGGAGAUGUAAACAUAAAGCAAACAGAAGCCACGGUUGAUGCCGGAACUCCAGCGGGAAAUCAAGGAACAGGACAUUGGGCGAUAACUUUAGUAGUGUUUAUAUUAGGAUCAAGGGAAAAAUCAGCAUCUUAUGUCUACUUUAUGACGAAUGAAUAUAAUCAAACGGCGGUUGCAGCAUUGGUCAUCAAACAAAAAGUAGAGGAACUGAAGUCUGUAACGUUUCAUGGUACUGUGGUGUAGUAGUAGUCUUAGAAAUGUGGUCGGCGAACAGAAAAAUCAACUGUGGAAUUUUUUAUACCUAGUGCUGAAAAAUAACAACAACAACAACAACAAAAAUUGCCACGCGUGUGUGUGUGUGUGCGCGUUAUGAAUAAUAAGAAAAGGAUGAAUUUUUCAUUAAAAAUAACAGCAAUGAAAUUUCUUUAUACAUUGCUAAGUCAAAUAUCGAUUUCACCGUAGGGUUUAGUAACGUUUGCGGAUGAAUGUCAUAAUGCAACCGAAAACCAAAAAAAAAAGUGGUGGCGAUUCAUUCGUGAGCGCAUGUACAUAAGUUCUUUAACAGUUUUAUAAAUUUCCGGAAAUAUCCGGCUACAAAUCAGAACCGAAACAAACAGCGUCAUAUUUGAAUCAGAUCAAAAUUGACGGAAUGACGCAGCGCCGAUGUAAUAGAGAUGUCGGUGGAAAAGCAACUUGACAUGCGUUACCUCUGUCAUUUGACGGACGAACUCCUUCGUUAACGCUUGAUGGUGACGCAGUAUUGUGGGUCCCGGUUAACCAUACAAUCAAUGAGUAGGCUGUGAAUGAUAUCACUUCACUAAACGGCAAAAGGAAGAGCAACCGGGGGUUAUUCGUUGCCGUAUCUGCUGUCGAUUUAUCGAAACUCUUAGCUCGCCCACACAAAUUAACACCAGCAUCAGAUAGGGAAAAAUUGUCCCCAUCAUUAUGGUGGCGUAAGUUUGCGUGGCCGAGCUAAUAGUUUCGAUAAAUUGACAGCUGAAUCUUAGUUUACAAAAGCAGAUACGGCUAUUUCAAAAUGCACUCAUGAAAGCAGAACGAUUUUCAAAUAUGGCAAAGCACCAGGAGUACAGAAAAAUUACUGCACUUAAUUUUGAUUGCCGAAUCUCGGGUAUUUGAUUGCCGAAUGCCGUCAUUUGAACCAGGCUUGCUUAAACUCCUCGAACUCAGAUUAUGCCGUAUAGAUGCUCAUUCAUCGUGAGCUAGUUCAUCCCUCACAUAUAAAGAGCAAUGGUGUCAAAUCCAAAGAGCGCAAAAGAGCUCGAGCUCAGAUUGAUGCUCAAGCUGGAUUUCCACAAACACGCUUCACGAUGAGUGAUGCGGGGUUCGUUCUUGAGUGAGGCGUGAACUGCCGAGGGGUCGGUCAUAAUGUUUGCUGAAAUCUGAUCAUAUCCAGUGAUGCCAAAAUUCUUGGAGGUUAUUUCCGUCAGCCCAGUGGCAGGCCCGUAGGCAACAUGUUAUACAGUGACAGCGGGCCCAGCACAGCAAAAUAAAUUAUUUGAGCCCGGGACAUGCUGCCUACUGUCAAAUGCUGCUGUUGGUAUAGGCCUUGUCACUGGCCUGAUUUCCGUAGAUUAGAGGUACUCAACAUGAUAAUCCCGAUACUUUGAGGAUGCCCAAGGAAUUAUUCAAAGGCGAGGGGAAGACGGCUUUCAUUUGAGUACAUCUUUUACUCAGAGUUGAAAGAGUUACUCUGCUUUGCUCUGAGAUCUGAUCUAAUUUGACGAAAACAAAAUAAGUAGGGCAUAUAGUUUUGGAAUCUGACCAUGCAAAUGUCAGUUCGAUAACAAAACGAAAACAAUAAAUGAAGAAAAUAAAUGAAUGCAAUAUUUAAAUAAGGAAAUAAUCUCGUUUUCUACAACUUCAUUGAAGUUUUGGCUAUUUUCUUAAAUAACUCUGAUGAUGGCUUUCUGCAGGGCACUUUUCUCUAUGCAAUGAUAAUGAUAUUGACCAGGAUCUUGCUACCGUAGUACUGGGCAUCCAGAUGCUUAGAGCAAGCGAAUUGAUAUUCCCUUCCGGCUACCAGCUCCGGUGGGAACAUGUACUUGAUGAUGAGUCCUGUGAGGCCCAUAUAUUUACCCUAGCCCCUAGCCCCAUAUAUUUUGUAUCAAAAUAGCAACGUUAGUGCAUGAUGUUUGUUUUGCUAAUAGGUUCUCCGAUGAAUUGAGUGUAUUUGACGACAAUCGAGAUAAUAAAAUCGUUCAUCAGAGAGCAAGAGUUUUUCAGAGUUACUCUGGAUUGCUCUUAAUUUCUUACUGUCUUCCCCCUCGUUCAAAGGUACCCAAGAAUAUCGAGAAGUCCCUGCAAGACCCUCGAUGGGUUCUUUACUCAGUGAUACUUUCGAGGGGAAGUCGGAAUAGUCCAAGGGGGGCCUAUGAUGCAGGAUAGAUUUUGUUCUGAUGUGGUUAGCUGCGCGCACGCUGAUUAGAUAGAAAGAAGAUUGAAGACGAUUCUGAAGAUUUCCUACAAAAAGAUGAUGCACGAUGCCAGUAGAUGCGAGAAAUGAAAGAAGAUUGUUCAUAGAUUGAUUUGCUAGUGUGCGAUUUUUCGAGCAGCUAGAAUUGAGAUUUAGAUGUGACGCCACCCUUGGAAGAGUCUUCCAGCGGGUGUGUUGGGAAGCUAAGGCCUGUACUCGAAAAAAAUGCACCAGACAAAAGUGUUCGCCAAAAAUUUAUUUUAAGUCGAAUUUUCUUGAAGCUUUCAGGGCAUGAACUAAUACAUAUUUCCUUUCCAUCGCUGAAAGCCCGCACCUUUCCCUUAAGACCCCUCAUUACAUUUUGUGCAAUGGUGGAGCCGACCUUUUCGGUCACUUUCAUCCAUUAUUUCUUCAACUCCAGCUCGUUCUUAAACACCUUGGACGAUUUUCGAACUUUGACCUUCAUUAUGGCCCAAAAUCUUUCCACCGGACGAAUCUCUGGUGAAUUUGGGGGGUUGGUGGUUUUUGGUACAAAAACAACGUUAUUGUCUCUGUACCAAUCCAACGUCGCUCGCGCGUAAUGGCAUGAUGCCAGGUCCAGCUAAAAUAAGGUCUCGCCUCCGUGGGACCACAGCAAGGGCAACAGACGUUUCUGGAGGCACUCGGUGCGGUUAAUUUCGCUGUUGAUGGUACCCAUUGUGAUGUACGGUUUACUCAGUUUACCGCAUUGGUAUAUGGCCUGCCAGAGCAUGUAUUUUUCGGCGAAUUUGUCCACUUUCUUCUUCCUUAUGUCUUCCGGAACAUUAAACCGUGAUUUGGCAACGUAGAACUCCAGCCACGGUAUCUGCUUUGCGGCUGCCUUGAUGUAGGUUUCGCCAUCAAUAACCACACACAUCGGUUGCGUUAACCACUCUCGAUACAGGUUCCUUGCGCGGGAUUUGGCCGCCGUGUUUUGUUGAUCACGCCGGUUCGGUGCCUUCCGGACCUUGAAUACACGAAGCCCAGCUCGUUUCAUGGUUUGCUGAACGAACCAGGCGGAAUACUUUGCCUUCAGAGCCGCGUCGCGAAUCGGUUCGUCCACGGCAAUCCGCACCACGAAGAAAAAUAUGUAACUCCGAUCACCAACAGCAGCACUCACCACGAAUGGAAUUCUUUCCAUCACCGGCAGCUCGUACAACCGAGAAUUGAAUUUUCACCCGGCACGACAAACCACGCCGUUUCGCGUGCUAUUCAGACGAGGACAAGCAAACUUUUCCUCUGCCGAUUUCUCUACUUCGCUGUCGAUGAUGUUUUCGUUGUUUGGUUCGUUUCCCAUUUGAGACCCAUGCAGCAUCAUUGCUUGUGCACGCUCACGUGCGAUUACUCACUAGUUGUGUCAACCGAGGUGUCAACAGCUUGUACUUACACACUAUUUCAAAACUACCCAAAUUUGGGUAGGAUCCACCCAGAUCCGUCAAAACUGAACCUACCCAAAAAUGGGUAAACUGUGUUGGGAGUGACAAGUUGACAAAUGAACAACGUCGAUCGGAUUGAUGUUCAGUUUUGACGGAUCUGGGUGGAUUCUACCCAAAUUUGGGUAGUUUGGAAAUAGCGUGUAGGCUGUGUUCUAUUUGGUGAAUUUUCACUUAAAUUUGACAGAUGGAAAAUUGUCAAAUAAACCGAGGGGGGCGACACAUCUAAAUCUCAAUUCUAGAUGCUCAAAAAAUCUCUCACUAGCGAAUCAAUCUUCGAAAAAUCAUCUUUCAUUUCUCGCAUCUACUUCAUCGUGCAUCAUCUUUUUACA